GUCUGACGAACGCCAGCUUUCAACUAUAAUAAAAUAAAAGAGAACCUUUACUUUGUUUUUUGUGUUUGACGUUAUUUUCUAUAAUAGUAGCCACUCCAUCCGAUAGGAAUGGCAGCGGUGGUUCUGUACGGCCGUCGUAGAGGAGCUAGUAAGAAUGAUGAAGCCAUUAGAGCUAUGCAGCCACCAGACCUCCGACAUGUUACUGUCUUACGUAAGACUGAAUGGCUGAGGAUUCAAGAUGAACUGUGUGGGGUUAAUAAAGAAGAGAAGAGAAUAAGAGAGGCAGCUAAACAGCGAGAGAACCUACACCUGCAGUCACAGGAGGUGGUGAAACUUUGGCCUGAUACCCUCCAUGGACAAAGGCUGAAAAGGCUGCAGGAAAAGAAGAUUCGAAAGGAAAUUGAGGAGGAGCAAAUGAGACUGGCUGAUUUAGAAGAAGCAAAAUACCAGGAGCAGAGGCGGAAGGAGAUUAUUGAAAAAGCCAAGACUCAGCUCUACUGUCAAACCGACAGAGUCAAAGGACUACAUAGUGCACUCCUGCUGACAGAGGUGCUGAAGGAGAGGGAUGCUCAGAUUGAGCUUAAACAAAGAAGAAAGAGUGCCAAUAUAGAUGUGGACAAAGCAUUUCUGCAUAUGGUACAGACUAGAGAGGAUGAAGCCUCGAAACAGGAGCAGGAGAAGGCAAUGCAGAGGAAGCUUGUGAGACAGGUUGCUGCAGAAGACCUGAGAAACCAAAUAAAAGAAAAUGAGCUGCUGAGAGAGCGACAGAAGCUGGAGAGCAAGAAGGAUGGAGACGAAAUCCAGCGUCUCCAAGCGCUGCAUCAGCUGGAGCGAAGGAUGGAGGCAGAAAGACAAGCAAAUCAGAAAAGAAGCCUCAUGCAAGCUCGCCAGGAGCAUAUCACCAACAGAGACCUCGUAAGAGCCACGGAUGCUCAGAAACAGGAAGCUGAAGAGGAGCAAAGGAAACUGUUUCUCUCUACUAAGCAAAAAAUCAUCAAGUUACGCAAAGAAAAAGAAAAAGAGCUGCUUAGAGAGGCCCAGACACGUAGAGACAGGAUCAUAAACAAACUGACGGUCACACAGCAGGAGCAAGCUGUCAGCGAGGAGCAGAAGAUCGCAAAGGCUGUCGCAGAGAGCGAGGCAAAACAGGCGCAGCAGCAACUGGAGGAGGAUGAGAAGAAAGCUGCAAUGUUGAAGUCCAUCAGUGUACACAGAGAGCUAAUGAGACAAGAGAAGGAGGAGAAGGACAAAAUAGAGAGGAAGAAGGCCCAAGAAGCACUGCAGGCCAAGAAAGAGGCUGACAGAAUAUUUACUGAGAAGCAGCAACUAAAGGUUAAGAAAAUCAGAGAAGAAGAAAGAGAGGUGCAAGACUUCAAUGCUGCGCAAAUGGCUGAAAAAGGUGCCAGACUUCAGCAGCUGAGACAACAGGAACAUGAGUUUGAAGUGAAGAAUGCAGAACUCAUCGCUGAAGAGGAAAAACGCUUCCAGCAGUAUUCACAGCAAAUCAUCAAUGCUGCAGCAGAGGCUCAGCGAAACGUGUUUCCACUUUGUAAAGCUGCGAGGGAAGGGAUCGGAGGUGGGUCCGGUCCUGUUUUUAGUGGAGUCAGGCCAAGUUACCUUGUUCAGGACCGCACUGGAGCUCAAAUGCCCAAAUACGUGUCAUUGGCCACCCAGAACAUCAAAAAGCUUCACCAAGCUGUAGAUAUUCAGGAUGCCAAGAGAAGACUUGGAUUCACAUGGUGAUAGGUUACAUCCAGUUUGAGUGCACUUCCAGAAAGCAGGUUCAGUAAGUGUGAGUUUGUUAACUCUGAUAUGAGGGAAACACUGUUCCUGAGUCAGGCUGUGUGAACCUAACCUGCUUGCUAUCAGGUUUCAUGAACAAACUCACAAACCCCUCCUACAUUAGUUUCAGAUGUAGCCAUUCUUGUAUUUU